AUGGGCUCAACUUCAAGUUUAACUUCAACCAUCCUUUCAAGUUCGCAAUUCACCACAUCACUCCUCCCACCCCCGGGCCCAAUCCUUACCCGACCUAACCCCGCCGAUCCCGCCCCUGCCAACAAUCCCCCCAUAUUUAACGAUGCCAUGAGCGUGCGCACAGCAGUGUUUAUAGAUGAGCAGCGCUGCUCACCAGAGAACGAAAUAGAUGAUGAUGACGCGAGAAGUUGGCAUUGGGUUCUUUAUUCUGCGGAAUCUGACCGGCGUAUUCCUGUUGGCGUCAUUCGCUUGAUCCCUCCUCCCCAUGCUCCGCAUGAACUCAGACACGAAGGGGUUCUCAACCGCGAUUGUUCGAAGAAACCCCUUCAUGGCAAUGACCAUAAUCAUAACAAUAAGCUGGAAAAUCCAUAUAUUAAAUUAUCAAGAGUCGCACUGCUUGCGGAGUUUCGCGGGGCGGGACUAGCGCGUGUCCUUGUAAAUACUGCUUUGGGCUGGGCAGCGCAACACCACAGUGAAUUGCGGGAUUGCCAAGGGAAACCGUGGGCUGGAGACGUGUUGGUCCAUGCACAGGUAGCCGUUGAAAAGAUAUAUGCACAUUUGGGAUUUGUGACAGACGCGAGCAUGGGAACCUGGGUGGAGGAAGGAAUGGACCACGUUGGUAUGUGGAGGAAAAUAAAGGUGCCAUCAGAAUAA